AUGGGCGCAUGGGCGGAGACCUUUGUUCCGAAGUUCACGAUUCUCGGUUUUCAUGAAGGACUUAUGCACAAUGUAGACAAGAAGGAGGAUUUUUAUUCAUGGCAGGUAGAUAAACAGGGUACCUAUGGUACUUACAACAUAGAUUCAGAAGAUCCGGCCUGUAGAAACUGGUUACGAUUCGUCAAUUCUCCCGCCAAAUAUCAACAGGAAAAUGUCGUUCCUAUCACGUGCGAGAGCAUCAUCUUCUAUAUGACGUCACAUGACGUAUAUCCGGGUGAAGAGCUUCUGGUCUGGUGUGGGGAUGGAUAUGGGAGGUUUUAG